GAGGUCUGACCGGCACAACCGUCUCAAAACUGACACCCAGUGGGCCGCAGAGAUUUUUGGGGGAGCUCUAGGUCGGUGAAACAAACAUGGGGAACGCGGAGAGCGGCUGCGGUGGAGGCAGCGGCGACGAGGAAGAUAUAGAAACGGAGAGCCCCGGCUUCGCGGAAGACAGUCCGGCCUCUGCGGCCACUGGCGGCGGUGUCGGAGGCGGUGGUGGCUCCGGUUCUGGAAGAAGCGGAAGGGGAUCGAAUAACCUGCCCGUGCCCACGGGUGGACCACCUAGCCCCGGGGUCCUCUUAGAGCAAGUGAAACUGAGAGAAGCGGCGGCCCGGAUUAGCGACUCAGGGGUCGCCAUUCAGGAGUCUGUCCUGGCCGGGAAUGAGGGUGUCCUGGUGCGGUGGCUAGAGGACCGGUUAAACCGAGGGGAAGAGUCUGUCAAUGUGGAACAAUUUUGUGAGAUGUUAGAGAGCAGAGAUGCCCCGAGAGAUGAAUGUGAAGAGGCUUUUGGACAAUUCGAUGCAGAGGGGGAUGGGGUGGUGGAUGUAGAGAGCAUGCUGAUUGCUCUGAAGAACUCCAAUGGAGCUAAUCUACAGGGAGAGCUGAGUCAUGUGAUAAGACAGCUACAGGCGUGCUCCCUAACCCCAGGUUUUGUUGACAUAUUCUCCAAGACAAAAGACCGGUUAGGAGCACAUGCCUCCAAGAUCCUGAAAUUCUUACACAGGAAUCGUAUCCCGAGCAGUGCCAUCCCUUUCCCUAUCUUAGAGGGCUACAAUAGCAUCUGCACCAUGAGGUCCAGUGUGGUCCAGGACUUCUUGGAAUUCCUAUUGCAGAAGGAGAAAGAUUUAGAUAUCCAGUACAGAGCAGAGCUGGACCGUGACCCGGAGGUGGACAAGGUCAAGGUGGUCACACAGUGCUACAGCACAAUAGAAGCUUCAUCCAAUGUUUCUGACAUUUACAAGAUGACAAAUGGAGAAACCACGUCUUUCUGGCAGUCAGACGGCAGCGCACGCUCACACUGGAUCAGAUUGAAAAUGAAACCAGAUGUAGUUUUGAGACGGCUGGCCAUUGCUGUGGCUUCUAAUGACCACAGCUACAUGCCUCAGCUGGUCUCAGUUGCUGUGGGGAAAAACCGGCGUUCCCUGCAGGAGAUCAGAGAUAUCCGCAUCCCCAGUAAUGUCACAGGAUACGUAGCUCUUUUGGAGAAUGCCAACAUCACACACCCCUACAUCCAAAUCAACAUUAAGCGGUGCCUGAGUGACGGAUGUGACACACGGAUUCAUGGCUUGAAGACUCUUGGCUAUCAGAUUACCAAGAGUAAAGAGGUGUCUGUUUCGGAUGCUUCAGCCAUCUGGUACCUGUCUCUCCUCACCUCCUUGGUCACUGCCUCCAUGGAGACUAACCCUGCACUGGCUCAGACUGUCCUUCACAGCACACAAAAAGCCUUACGGCACAUGCCGCCGUUGUCCCUCACGCCGUCAUCCACAGAGUUCCCCAAGUUCUUCUCCCUGAACAUCCUGGAGGAGGUGGAUGGAUUUCUGCUCAGGAUAGCAGACUGCUGUGUGAGUCCUGAUGCAGAACUGACGCUCCUGGCCUUCGCUCUGGCCAGAGGCAGCGUCGCCAAAGUGCUCCAGGCCCUGUCCUGCAUCAGCGAUCAUUUAGAGACAGCAUACAAGGCCUCCUCCCUCAUCGUGUCCAUGGCCUCCGUUAGGCUGCGACUACUCUAUCGCAAUGGGAAGCCCCUCCAGCUGCACCUACAGGCCUGUGAUGUAAAGAGUAAAGAGGAGAAGUCAGGACCAGAGAACAUGCUCACAGAAUCUUCCACUGGAGACGGUUUUCUCACAGAGAGUGGCAGGAAGAAAGCCAGUGUGAUCCUGUCGACAGAGGACCAGAGCAACUUCCAGGUCACUCAGAUGAAAAUCAAAGUACGAAAAGGAGCCAUUGGAGCGAAAUGCGGCUUGGUGUUUGCUUACAAAGAAGAAGACCCCUUUGAUGCAGAGAAACAUUUCAAGAGGUUCAAGAAGUAUGACACAUGGGACUACAAGGACUACAAAGAGUUUGUACAAGACAAUGUGAGGAUUCCAGCGCAGUCUGAGGACGAGCCGAUUGGCUGGUUUGAGCUGGAGGAGGACUGGAACGACGUGGAGAUCAAGCUGCAGCAGUGUCGAGUUGCAAAGUUCCUGAUGGUGAAAUUCCUCUGCGCCAGGCAGGACUCUGCUGAGCGCCUUGGUGUGCAGUCCAUCACCUUCAGUGGCUACCUGUGCCCCGGGGCAGAGAGGCUGGGAGACCUGGAUGACCUGAGUCCAGAGGGAGAGAGGGUCGACCGCGAUGCUGUCACUGGCCUUUGUCUUCUUAACAAGACUCUAUUCUUCAUUCAGCAGCUUACACGAGACAUGGACGCCUCUCACUUCAAGCAGAAGUACCUCCUGGACUUCGGUGGUCUCAGCCUCAGCCUCUUCUGGAACUUCUACAGUAAACUCAGGGAGAUUGAGGGAGAGGAGGUGCUGAAGAGCAGAGUUCUGCUGCUCCAGUUGAUGCAGAACUGUUUCCCCAUGCUGCCCAACCCACUGGAGUCCCAGGGCCCAGAGGAGAGCAGAGGGCCAGACGAGGGAGCCACAGCGGCGGCGUGUGCGUCCACGUCCAGCGGCGGAGAGCCUCUGAAUGACUCUGUUAGGGCUGUGUGGGAACUCUACACUCACCUCUGCCACAUUGUGGACGGUCCAGAGGGGGAAACAUUAGUGGAAAAAGCUUUGCACAAGGAAGCAGUGAAGGCCAUUCUUAACGGAGCUGCUGUUUUCUUCCCUGAUAAACACGUCAGACGGGACAAACUCUUCCACAUGAUGAAAAAUAUCACAGAAGAGGAUCAGCCAGAGUCAGUAAAGGUGACAUUUGAAUCACUUUGUAAUUACUUCAGUGACCAGGAUCCAAGUGGCCUUCUCCUGCUCCCACCUAAAGGAGCUCCCUCAGACUUUGACAUCAGCCCCAUACUGUCAGUCAUGGAGACGCUUCUGCUGGUGGCAACGCGAGAGUGUGAAGUCAUGAUGGUGAAUGAGAGUAGUGGAGCCAGCAGGACGGUGUUGCUGUCCUUGUUCUGGGCACUGCAGGGUAGUCUGGUCUCCUGGUGCUACCUGCAGCUCAAAGGAGGAGCUUCCACAGCUGUUGCUAUGGAGCUGGCAAGAGACAUCCUACUAAAAUAUGUGGAUCAGUUCUUGGGAAGCAUCAAGACCAUCCUUGGUUCCCUGCUGGAGAGAUACACAAGUGCUGAAAUCACUGACAAACUAGGCAGCUCCAUCAUAGCCACAGUCUUCAGACAACUGAUGAUUUUCCUCCUGGAGCUGUGCUCCUUGGACAUCCCUCACAGUGUGCUGCUGAGGAGCUUCUCCUCUCUGGUCGAGCUACUCAAGAGCCUAUCCAGUGACACUGGAGACAUCUUCUCCAAGGUGGAUCAGGAGAGCUGGCACCAGCCCCAGCAGCCAGUGGUGCUGAGGACCUGGAACAUGGAGUCCCCUCACAACUACGAGAACAGCCGCCACGAGACCAGCAUCUUUGCCUGUCCUGGUGCUACCUCCUUUGAGGUGGAGUUUGACGAACGCUGUGAGACAGAGAAGAGAUACGACUACCUAGAAUUCACAGAUUCGAGAGGUGGCAAGGUCCGCUAUGAUAUGAAAGUUGGAACAGAGAAGUGGCCAAAGAAAGUGACAUUUGACGCUGGCCCUCAGCUCCAGUUCCUCUUCCAUUCGGAUAGCAGUAAUAACGAGUGGGGUUACAAGUUCACUGUGACGGCCCUGGGUCUGCCAGAUAUCACCAUUUCUUGGAUGUCGGACUUGCAGCUGCUGGUGGCUCGUCUGAUGGGUCGUCUUGCAUCUAGAACUCUGGCACUGAAAUCCCCUCAUGAGACACGCACAGUAAAGGAGCUUUCAUCUGGGAAAAUGUCCCAUAUUCAGUCAUCUCCUUUAUGGAAACCCAUCCUGCGACACGGGCUGUGUGAAACAAGGGAGACAAAUCAGACUAAAACACCCACAGACCAGGCGAAUACAUGGUCUCUGGAUGAGUUAAUGAGCUUCCUGGAGGACUUUGCCCGUUGGAACCCCUCACAGGAGCUGACGGACAGUAGAACAGAGCUGAUGAGGAAACUCAUGCAGUCCUGCAGAAAGCAGACAAUGAGGAACGAGAUAGCCGCCGGGUCAAAGGCAGACCAAGCUGUGAAUGCUAUCUGGGCAGCCAUGGUGUACCACACACCAGCCCUCAGCCAUGCCCUGAAGACCUACGUUAAUCAGGACUGCAAAUCCUGUCUCAGUGAAGAGUUUGUGCAGGUGUACUCGCUGGCAGACAGCAUCAGAACGUGGAUGCUGGAGAUGAAGCAGAGAUACCUUGUUGGCAAAAUGAAUGUUCCAGACGAGAAAGAAGGCGUUCCUGAUGAGGUUACUAUGGAGACAUUAGCUGAGAUGUGUAUCGAGAAGAGCCUCUUGCUGUUCAGAUUUGCCCCUUGUGGAGUAACAUCCCAGGACAAUGACUCUCUCAAAGCUGCAGAGGGCAGCAGUGCUCUACUCCUCCGUUCAAGUUCCAUCUCAGAAGGGGACUUCCAGGCCAGCCCCUCUCCGGGACCUCAGGCUGCAGGGGCUGAGGAGGCAGGACGGAGCAAGUCCCCCGGUGCUCAAGCCCAAAACUCAUCUUCUUGUGGUCCCAGCAGGCGAGGCCACAGAGGCUCCACAGAGAGCCUCUCAUCCCAGCCAGGGGAGCCCGCCUCACCCUCUGCCUUCCCCCGUAAACCCCCAUUCAGUCGAGCACGCCUGCGCCUUCUGUCCUGUCGAUCUAUAGAAGAGCCACGCAUGACCCCCUCUGUCAAGGAUCGCUACCCGAUACUCAAACACAUCCUAAACUUUAUAAGGGACCAGGCUCUAACAACAGCAAGCAUUCUGCAGAGCCUGUCCCUAAACAAAGCCCAGGCUCUGAGCGUGUGCAAGGUCCUGGAGAUGGUUCAGCAGUGUUUGCAUUCCCUGGGAAAGCCACACCUCUUCCAAGCCCCCUGCAUCCUGUUCCUACAAGAGCUGCUGGCAUGCCAGAAAGACUUCACCAGUUAUUUCUCUCAGUUGUCGGACAGCGGGCAGAAGCUUGGAGGGGAGGUGAGGCGUUCCUACCAUCACUUGGUGCUCAUGCUUGUGGAGGCAGUGCACGGCUUCAGCAGCCUCACCGAGAAAGCCCUGCUACCGGCCCUGUCGUGCGUGCAGACCUGCUUGUUGCACCUUCUAGACAUGAGCUGGGAGGUACACGACCUCCCUCUCUUCCUGAAUAUCAAGCUUCCUGACCUGCUGCUCAGCAUGUCCCAGGAGAACAUCAGUGUUCAUGACAUCGCCAUCAGUCAAUGGACAGAGGAAGAUGAAAUCGCAGACUACAAGAAGAACCAGGAGUGGAUGGAUGAGUGUAUGGACGGGAUGUUUGAGAAGUGGUAUGACAAAAUCGAGGAGGAGGACUCCAUGGAGGACAGGAGAAAGAUGCACAUGUUCAUUGCACGCUACUGUGACCUGCUCAAUGUUGUCAUCUCCUGCGACGGCUGCGAGAGGAUGGCACCUUGGCACCGCUACCGAUGUCUGCAGUGCAUGGACAUGGACCUUUGCAAGACGUGCUUCCUCAGUGGAGCCAAGCCUGAAGGCCAUGAGGACGACCAUGAGAUGGUGAACAUGGAGUACGCCUGCGACCACUGCCAAGGGCUCAUUGUCGGCAGCAGGAUCAACUGCAACGUGUGUGAAGACUUCGACCUGUGCUUUGGUUGCUACAAUGCUAAGAAAUAUCCCGACAGCCAUCUGCCCACCCAUCGGAUCACGGUGUACCCCAUGGUGACCAUACGAAUCAGCGACCGUCACCGCUUGAUCCAGCCCUACAUCCACAACUACUCCUGGCUGCUGUUUGCCGCCUUGGCGCUGUACACAUCAGAACUGAGCAGUGAGAAGCAGAUGGAGGGAGAGUCGCUGGACAGCAACACCCUGAGCCAGGCCUUAGGCCUGCAGACUCGCUGCUCCCAACUCAUCACCGAUUGCUUGCUCAAGGGGCAGACUGGAAAAGGUCUGCGUUCCUCAGCUUUGCUCGCUCUGCUGUCCUCCAAUGAGUCGGCUUCUGAUAGUGAGCUGUGUCCAGUCUCUCCAGAGUCUUCUCAGGAGCUCAGUACAGCCACUGACACCUCCUCUCUCCCCGGCAGCACCGCAGCGAUCUGCUCCCCAUCAUCUCCCAGGGACAAGAGAAAACCAUCAGGUAAGGAGAAGAAGGCAAAGGAGGUGGGGUCUCCUCCUCCAGAGGUGUUGUCCCCUCCGAGUAUUGGAGAAGGAGAGAAAAAGAAGCUGGUCACUCAAGACACCCUGGAUUCUCCAAGUCUCAGCCAGACACCGUCUGUGUCCAGUGAGGACCCCCUCUCUCCUGUGGUUCGACCUUCAGAAUCUGGACCAGGGACAGUCAACUCCCCGUCGGACGUUGUUAAGGAGACAGAUGAGAGGUUGCCUCAGGUCCCCCUGCAGGAGCAUGUGUUUUCAGAGUGCUCCAGAGAGAGGAUCCUGGGACUAUUAGCAGCCAUGAUGCCGCCAGCAAAACCAGGCUGCACUCUGUCUCUGCCCAGUCUGAGCUCCAUCCUGCCCCAGCUUUUCAGGGCAGUCAUUUCCAACGCUGGCUCUCUCAACGAGACCUACCACCUCACCCUGGGACUACUGGGUCAGCUGCUUCUCCAAAUCCCUCCGAUGGAGGCCGACGCUGCCGUCACAGAAGCCCUGGCUGAUAAAUAUGAGCUGCUGACACAAGGAGAGGCAGCCACUUCCGACACAGAGGGUUGGAGGACCACUCAGCUGCUUUUCAGCCUAGGAGCCGUCUGUUUGGACAGUCGUAUCGGUCUGGAUUGGGCGUGCACGGUUGCAGAUAUUUUACACAGUCUGAAUGCUUGUCCUGAGUGGAGCACAGUCAUCGCUGCCUUCACUGACCACUGCAUUCAGCAGCUGCCACAAACUCUCAAACGCACCAACCUCUUCACCCUGCUGGUGCUGGUGGGCUUCCCUGAGGUGCUGUGCGUGGGCACCCAGACGGUGUUUAUCGACAACGCCAAUGAGCAGCACAACAUGAUCUUGCUCAAACACUUCACAGAAAAGAACCAUGCUGCAGUGGUGGACGUGAAGACACGCAAGAGGAAAACAGUGAAGGACUACCAACUCAUACAGUCUCAGGAUUCGACUACCACCAGCCUCCCAGGGCAGUCAGAGAGCCAGGGAUCCUCAAGGACGCUGCUCAGCCGCUACCUGAGCAAUUUCACCUCUAUCAUCAGCCACCUGCUGCAGACCACCCAGGACAAUGGCUCUCCUGAUGCUGUGGAGGCGUCCUGGGUCCUGUCCUUGGCCCUUAAAGGCCUCUACAACACACUCAAGAAGCACGGGGUGGAACAAGCUCAGGAAGCCAUCCAGCAGUCAGGACUGACCCAGCUGCUGGUGAGGAAGUGCAGCAAGGGGACGGGCUUCAGCAAGCUGUGGCUGCUGCGAGAUCUAGAGAUCCUCUCCAUCAUGCUCUACUCCUCUAAGAGGGAGAUCCACUCCAUGGCCCAGGACCCCGAGCGAGACCAAAGAGAGCAGGACAAGGAGCACGACUCGGACCACUCCAGCUGCUGCGCUGACGACACUGACGUCAACAGGCCCGACCCCUUAGAGGGACUCGAUGAGGAAACAAAGAUUUGCUUCCAGAUCACCCACGAUGCCUUAAACGCCCCCCUGCCCAUCCUACGGGCUAUGUAUGAGCUGCAGAUGAAGAGAACAGACUCUUUCUUCCUGGAGGUGCAGAAGAGAUUUGAUGGAGAGGAGAUAAAAACUGAUGAGACAAUCCGUACGCUGGCUCAGAAGUGGCAGCCCAUCAGGCGGCCUCGCUCUGAGGAGAGGAACACCAAGGCUGUGGACACUGAUAUGAUUGUGGUGUCCUGUGUCAUCAUUGCCCUCUUCCCACAGUCUAAACCCAGUCACUGUGAGAAGGCCACAGAGGAGAUCAACGUCGUGGCCCAGAAGCUCAUCACCAAUUCAGAGAGCGACUUACAGCUCAGCUACGCCAAACAGAGGCGCACCAAAAGCUCAGCUCUUUUGCACAAGGAACUGGAUGUGCGCAGCAAUCGGGCAGUUCGCCAGUAUCUGGUGAAGGUCAACCAGGCCAUCGCGACACUGUACGCCCGCCACGUGCUGGCCUCGCUGCUGGCUGACUGGCCUGCAGAGGCUGCGUUGAGCGAGGAGGCGCUGGAACUGAACGGUGCCUCACACAUGGCCUACAUCCUGGACAUGUUAAUGCAGCUGGAGGAGCGGCCGCUCUGGGAGAAGAUUCUCCAGAGGGUGCUGAAGGGUUGCAGCCAGAGUAUGCUGUGUAGUCUGUCUCUCACUGCCUGCCAGUUCAUGGAAGAGCCAGGUAUGGCCGUGCAGGUCAGAGAGUCCAAACACCCAUAUGACAACAACACCAACUUUGAGGACAAGGUGCACAUCCCGGGCGCUAUCUACCUUUCAGUGAAAUUUGACGCCCGCUGCUACACAGAGGAAGGCUGUGAUGAGCUCAUGAUGUCCAGCAGCAGUGAUUUCCUCCAGGAUGUCCACAAUUUCAGUGGCUCUCCUCAGAAAUGGUCUGAUUUUGAAAUCCCUGGUGAUACCCUGUACUACAGAUUUAUGUCGGACAUGAGCAACACGGAGUGGGGCUACAAGUUCACCGUCACAGGAGGCCACAGAGGACGAUUCCAGACAGGGUUCGAGAUACUGAAGCAAAUGUUAGCUGAUGACCAAGUGCUCAGUCACCUGCCGCUGGCUGACAUAUGGGAAUGGCAGGUGGGCGUGGCCUGUCGCCAGACUGGGAACCAGCGACUCAAAGCCAUUCACUUGUUGCUCCGCCUCCUGCAGUGUCAAUCCCAGACAGCCUGUGAGCUGACGCUGCUGCGACCUCUGUGGCAGCUCUUUAUGUCCAUGGAAAACAGCCUGAGCCAGGACCCCACCGGUGUCACCGUGCUGCUGCCUCUUCACAGAGCCCUCACCGAACUCUUCUUCAUCGCAGAGGCCCGUGCCAUUGCACAGGGUAUCCUCCAGGAGUAUCUAUUAGCCAUGACCACUGACGAGCAGCUCCUCAAUCACACUGCAAUGGCUCUGAAGAACAUCGCUGCCAUCAGCCUGGCUAUCAAUUACCCCAAUAAAUCUACCAAGCUACUCAACAUGUCCCCCUGAGAGAUCUGCAGAGAGGAAGGAGGGCGGCAACCUGAGGGGGGGGGGCACAUCCUGACUCAGCUAGU